AGCCAGUUAGUUAAUCCCAUUGUCACUGCGUGUUAGUCAGUUCAACUAUACGGCAAAACCUUACACCUUUGCCUUUAUUGCAGUUAUUCAACAAUCAAAAAUUAGCUUAGUAACUUCUGCUUAAACAUACCCAUCCAUCUAUUGGACUUGUUCAAACGUUUAUACUCGUGAGGGGCAAAGUUUCUUCCAGUGUAUACUACGUUGAAUUUAGGUCAUCAGUCAUCACCAUGCUUACUACAAUGUCAAGACCCAAAGUGUUAGUUGCAAUGAAACUCGUUCCAGAGAUCGCAAUUGAUUUACUUCGUAAAAGAUUUGAUGUCGAAGUAUGUGAUUCCAUACCAAUCACUCGGACAGAAAUGAUGAAAAAAGUACCGGGGAAAUUCGCAAUAUUCUGUAGUGCGUUAAGCAAAAUUGACGAAGAAUUAAUUAAAACGGCGGGCUCCAGUUUAAAGGUUGUUGGAACCAUAUCUGUGGGAUAUGAUCACGUCGACUUGACUGCAAUGAAAAAAUAUGGCGUACGUUUGGGUUACACGCCACAUGUCUUAAGUGAAACAGUAGCAGAAACAACAGUUGGAUUGUUGAUAGCGACAACGAGACGGUUUUUCGAAGCAAAUCAUGCAUUGAAAACAGGUGGAUGGAAAGAUGUGACUACGGUUGUUUGGAUGAAUUGGAUGUGUGGUAGAGGUAUUAGAAACUCUGUUGUUGGUAUUGUUGGAUGUGGCAACAUUGGGACAUCAAUCGCAAGGAAGCUGAAGACAUUUGACAUUUCUCAAUUGCUGUACACCAGUAGAACUGAAAAACCUGCUGUCAAAGCUCUCGGUGGAAAAUUGGUUACAAUCGAUGAGCUUGUCGAACAAAGUGAUUUCAUAAUCCUUUCCAUUGCACUGAAUGAGGACACAAAGUUUAUCAUUAACAGAGAACGCAUUGCCAAAAUGAAGUCACACGCCGUAUUGGUGAACAUUGGUCGUGGAGGACUUAUUGACCAAGAUGCACUCAUCGAAGCAUUACAAGAAAAUAGAAUUGGAGGUGCUGGUCUAGACGUCAUGACACCAGAACCAUUACCACUUGAUAGCCCUUUGAUGAAGAUGGACAAUGUUGUGUUAUUGCCACACAUUGGGAGUGCUUCCAUUGAAACAAGAGCAGAAAUGGCUAUUCUCACUGCCAAAAAUAUAAUUGCUGUUUUAGAUAAUACCGCAAUGCCAAACGAAGUUAAGUAUUAGCUUAGGUAAUUAUAUACGCUUGACAAAAUUGUAUUAAAAACAAUCUAGUUUGUGAAUGUUACAAAGUAUAAAAAGAUAAUAUUUGUUAAUACAUUUAUUGAUUUAUAAUUGUUAAAUAUAAUAUUUUUUUUAAUAUUUCAAAUGUCUUUCAUUGUAAGAAUCAUUAUUUUCGUUAUUUUAUCAGGUAACCAUUAGUAUCUUGUCUGGUCUUGCUAUUUGUAUUGUAUGUGUCUCGUUAACAUAUGUAUAUAUAUUAAAUAUUACAAUAAUUUAUUUCAUACU